GUGUGCUUAAAGAUGGUUCUUGGUGUGUAAGGGUGCCUGGUUAGGGGGUUGGCUGUUGUUACAAUUCUGUCUAGGGAUUUGGCCACGGUAUCUAAUGGAUUCGCGGUGUCACUGGAGUGGGGUUUGCCUGCUCUGCAUGUGUGUUGCUUCCAGACGGAUCUUGUAUAAACAACAACAAUGUUUGCGCUCGCUUUUGAGGGGAACUGGUGUUGACAGAUGUAUCUUUUCUCCCCUUGACUGGGUUCAACCUCUGCCUCAACCGUCCAAGGAACGUUACCGGAAUGUCUGGGCCUUCUUAUCUGGCCUUAUUCGUGGUGAUGGCCUUGUGUGGUGACACCGAGGUGAGGGGGAAAUGAACCCAGCCAA